AUGGAAACUCUCUCGGACACAACCUGGGAUGUGAUCAUCAUGGGGACUGGCUUCUGCCAGUCCCUACUGGCACUGGCCCUCUCACGAUCUGGAAAGAAGGUUCUUCACAUGGAUUCAAACCAGUAUUAUGGUGGUCCCGAGGCAGCCUUCAGUCUUGAUGAGGCCCAAGAGUGGGUUCAGGAAGUCAAGAAAGACCAGCACCCAUUCUUCAAAGACGCCUCUAUCCUGACUCCACAAGAGUUAGAAAGAGAUUCUACGGACAUGGAGGGCUUGGGGACACCUAAGCUUGCGUCUAGUCGAGUGUACACUCUAUCGUUGUCCCCCUGCUUCCUCCAUGCCCGCUCAGAACUAAUGUCAGCUCUUGUAUCAUCAAAAGUCUUCCGUCAAUUGGAGUUCAUGGCAGUUGGUAGUUGGUGGAUACAUGCACCCAAGGAUGCAGACUCGGACAAUGUUGGAAACGGCGCGCAGAAGAUUCUCCACCGCGUCCCUGGCAACCGAGAAGACGUGUUCGCUGCGUCUCACAUCAGCAUGAAGUCCAAGCGAACAUUGAUGCGGCUCUUACGCCACAUCACCAAAUCAAGUGAGGAUGAAGCUUCGCAUGAAGAGGAAGACUUGUCCAUGCCAUUCAGGGAUUACUUGGUAUCAAAGUUCAGUGUCCCACAGGAGCUUCAUGAUCCUCUGUUAUCACUGUCACUGUCCCAGCUCUCUCAGCAAGACACAUCUGCUAGCUAUGCCAUACCCAAAAUCCAAAGGCAUCUGUCAUCCAUCGGCUAUCUUGGUCCUGGGUUUGGCGCCGUGGUGGCAAAGUAUGGUGGUGCCCCUGAAAUUUUGCAGGCUGCUUGUCGCGCCUCCGCUGUGGGAGGGGGUGUAUACGCAUUGGGCACGAAGAUGCUUGGCUGCAAGUCGCGCAAAACACCGGAACAUUCCGAGCAUCCUUUCCUUGUGACAUUGGAAAAUGAGGGCGAUGUUCAGUCCAAACACGUCUUCUCGGCGUGGCCCGAUUCUGUCGAGGACUCGAAAUCGUUGAUUGAAGUUGCCCGCUCAAUCAACGUUGUUGCUGGUACUUUCUCCUCUCUCUUCCCCAUCGCAGUUGAAGGGGCACCUUUGCCUGCCACCGCAGUUCUCGUGUUCCCGGGCGAUACUUUAGGCAGUCCCGAAUCACCGCCUGUCUAUCUUCAGGUUCAUUCCAGUGACACUGGCGAGUGUCCUCAACAGCAGAGUGUUGUUUAUUGCAGUGUGGCCCUAGCUGGUCCCGAGGGUCAUUCUCUUCUCGAGGUCGCUCUUGACCGGCUCAUCGCAGCUGAAACUUCCUCUCGUGUGCUUUGGUCUUUGCGGUAUACCCAACGUGGUCGUUUGAAUAACGAUCAGUCUCAAUGGCCUCUUCGAGAGGAAUUCUCUCCCGGUGCUUACAGCUUCCCUCCGCCAAGCCUCGACUUUGCCUUUGGGGACGAUACCAUUGACAUUGUCAAAGAGGCUUGGAGGAAGGUUGUAGGAUGUGACACAGAUAAUGAUUUCAUGAUGUUUGAUGACCGCGAAGGUACUCACGACAACGAUUCGUAG